AUGAUUUUAUUUCCACCAAGGAAUUAUGAAUUAUCGGGAGCAAAAAUUCGUACUAAACGAGAUUCAACUACAAAAAUUCACUAUCCCCAAUACCUGGACUAUGAGAAGGUAGUUAAAAUAACAGAAAGAUUUGAGAAAGCUGAUAGCGAUGUAGUAUAUGUGAGACACCUUACACCGAAUACAACAGAAAAUCGUAGCAUUGUGGCGCUCGAAUUGCACAGUGAUAAGCUAACCAAAAAACCUGGCAUUCUUAUAAUAGGAGGAUUAAAUGGUAUGACUUGGGCAGUGCCAAAUGCAAUUUUUGAAAUUGCAGAGAAGUUAUUAUACGACACAGGUUACCAGACACCGUUUUUCAAUGAUUAUGAUUGGUACUUAAUACCGCUAGCUAAUCCAGACGGUAUGCAUUUUACGACAAAAAUACGAGAUUUGCCACCAGUGGAUACUCCGAUUUGGUCAACUAAUUUUACUGCCAGGAUAGGUACCAGACCAUCUCAAUGGCAUAAAAAUGUAGAAAAAAAAGAUAAAGAAAGCUGUUUUGGCACUAACGUAAAUCGUAACUUCGCUUAUCAUUGGCAAGAUGACGUGCAUAAAACGCCCGACCGUUGUUCGCAGUUUUAUGCAGGCGCCAAGCCGUUCUCAUCAUUUGAAGCACAGGCCUUAAAGCAUUACUUCAACGGGCUUAGCGAUUCCUCUAUUAAUUUGGCUAUUCAUUUACAUGCUAGUUUUGUACCGAGAAAGGAAUUAAUACUGUACCCUUGGCGAUUUUCUAAACGUCAACCAAGUAACUACGCCACACUCCAGGCUAUUGGAGAAUAUGCAGCACGACAGGCGCGAUUACCUGACGGAAGACUUUAUGAGGUACACCAAAGCAGCACAGAUGGGCGCGUUGCCGGCUCAGUGUGUGACUACAUCUCUGGCGUGGUUGGAACCGAAUUAGUGUAUCUUGUCAAGCCGUACUUCCCGGCGUUUCCCAACUACACAGACACCGACAUCAUAGAGAAUUACGUCAACAGGGCCUUAACGGCCACAUUAGGCCUGGUUCGUGGUUGGCGCAGAAGCACCAAAUUGAACACCCUGUAUUUCUUCGGCAAAGAAAUCGAAUUCUAAGUUUGUGAAGCAAUAAAAUUCCAA